AUGGAGACAAAACAACAGCAGCCAAUUACGGCUUCACAUGAUGAGAAUGUUCCUGCGGCUGGAACCACCACUACCCACCAAGAAAGUUAUCAAAAGGGUUGGGUCAUUGGAGGGAAAUUCCGGGAGACAAUAGACGACGAACAAUCACCGCAUUUCGAGGGCCGAUUAUUACAGGAGGUGGACUUCGACCUCCCCCUGACCGUGACCAAGCCAACAGAACAUAAUGGCCACAACUUCCUGGUUCUAGAGUUCGCCCAUAGUGACAGAGAGAAUCCGUUUAAUUGGAGUGCAAAGAGGAAGGCCUUCAUCAGCGUCCUUCUUUGCUUGAUGACCCUCUUCAUUGGUCUUGCCACAACAGCAUACAGCUCGGGUAUUUCGCGGAUGACGGAGGAUUUGGGUGUCUCGUCGGAGUUGGGACAGCUGGGUCUGUUUACCUUCAACUUCACCUGUGCACUUGCACCGCUCUUCCUGGCCCCGUUCUGUGAGCUUGCUGGUCGACGAGUCAUCUAUGUUGGUGCCUAUGUCUGCUUUUCUCUUAUGUUCAUCGGACUCUCCCUCGGUAAGAAUAUUGCAACUAUCCUUGUCUGCCGUGCCCUGCUCGGUCUCUUCGGCUGUGUCGGCACCAUCCUCGUCGGUGGUACCUUCGGAGACAUGUAUACUCCCGCCCACCGUGCGAUCCCCAUGGCCUCGUUUGCCUUCGUUGCCAUCUUCGGUACCGUAGCCGCUCCUAUCUAUGCUGGCUUCAUCGACCAAGCUCUUGGAUGGCGAUGGGUGGAGGGGAUCCAGGGCCUCGCCAACAUUCCCUUGGUCAUUAUCAUCGCUAUCUUCCUGUGCGAGACUCGUGGUGGUGUGACAUUGACCAAGCGGGCCAAGAUGAUCCGCCAGGCAACGGGCGAUGAACGUUUUGUCACUCUGAACGACCUAGAAGCCCCCGGCAUCAAGGAGAUGCUACACAACUCGUCCGUGAAGGCUAUUCGGAUGCUCUCCUCGGAGCCUGUCGUCUUCGCCCUGGGUCUCUGGAUCAGUUUUGCUUGGUUCUUGACUUUCCUCUUUCUUUCUGCCAUCCCUAUCACCUACCAAGAGAAGCGGGGCUGGGGCGAGGGGAUCUCUGGUCUGCCUUACAUUGCUCUCUGUGUUGGUACGACGAUUGGGUUCGGCCUGAACUUUUUCCAGAUUCGAAAGUACAACUCCAUCAUCGCCGACUCUGAGCGGGCAGCUCAACCAGAGGCCCGUCUCUACGGAGCCAUGUGCGGUGCUAUCUGGCUGCCCGUCGGUCUCUUUAUUUACAGCUUCACUCAGUAUAAGGAGCUGUUCUGGUUCGGUCCCAUCGUCGGUCUGGUACUCAUCGGCGUUGGAAUCCUCUUCAUUUUCGAAUCCUGCUACAGCUACACUUCCGACUGCUAUGGCGAGAACUCGUCUUCUGCCAUUGCUGGUCAGGGUUUCAUGCGUAACACUCUCGGUGCUGUGUCGCCCUUGUUUGCCUCGCAAUUCUUCCACAACCUGGGCAGCCAAUAUGCGGGCAUGCUGUUGGCUCUCAUCGCCACUCUCCUGACCUUCAUCCCCUUCGUCUUGUACAAAUUUGGACCUGAAUUGCGGGCACGAUCCAAGCUGGCCAGCACUAUUGUUAGUCUCGGCACUGGUGAUUUGUAA